CUGUUAAAAAAAAGUUACCUUUAAAAUUUUUGAAUAUCCAUAUCAUAAACCCUGGGCCUGCCCUUGCAACCAACCCGCAAGACACGGGUCGACUGAAGAAUACAAACACCGGAGACUUUGACUUAGGGUGAACCUGUCAAGCACUCAAGCGACAACAUCUGGCCCAUCUAGUUUUUCUUUUUAGAUAAAGAUAUAAUUUUUUUAGAAGAAAGGUUCACCAAGCUUUAUAGAUAGAAAGCAUACGAGAGUAUCACAUCUGGCCCAUAUAGUUCAGAGUAGGUAGCUACACUUGCGUCGCCAUGCCAAUAUAAUUGAUCUUGUCCUCCUUCCCCAUUAAGCAUUCUUUGCUAGCUCCAACAAUGGCUGCCACAACCUCUGGCCUCCUGGCUUUCCUCUGCCUCUACUGCUUUUUCGUGCUUUGCAUUCACGCACCUUGUGCCUCCUCAACUUCCUUCAGCUUCAACUUUUCAGAUACCAGCAAGGACCCCUUCGCCAACGGUCUCAAGCACGCGGGGGACGCAAAGUUCACUGGCUCCAUGAUCGAUCUAACAAGAAACGACCGUGCUCUUCCAAGCAACAGCAGCCUUGGUCGGGUGUGGUACGGGAACCCAGUGCUGCUCUGGGACGCCGCCACCGGUGAGCUAGCAAGCUUCAACACCGUCUUCUCCUUUAUGAUCUUUCAGGAUACUCAAUAUAAGAAGAAUCCGGAUGGGACUUUCAACGCUGGCGAUGGGAUGGCCUUCUUCCUCGCGAGCUACUCGGACAGCAGCGUCCUGGGCAACAGCGGCGGCGGGGGUGGGAACCUCGGCCUCUUCAAUGACACCAACCACUUCAACGCCACCGGUGACAGUCGGGUCGUUGCCGUCGAGUUCGAUACGUUCCUUAAUCCGCAAUGGGAUAAUAGCUCUCAGCACGUUGGCAUCGACAUCAACUCCAUCAUGUCGGUGGCGUCCGAAUACACGGAUCCCUAUGAUUCGCCCGGACACAAGAACCUCACGUCAGAUCUCUGGCUGACCGCCACGGUCAAAUACGAUAACAAGACGAAGCUGUUAACCGUCGAUCUGGAUAUCGAAGGUUACCUAUACCACGUCAACCAUACCGCUGACCUGAAGUUGUUCUUGCCGGAGCAGGUGGCUGUCGGCUUCUCUGCGGCAACCGGCGCAUCAGGCGAGCUGCACCGGGUACAGGCAUGGUCGUUCAAUUCCACACUUGAAAAGAAGGUCACUCCGAUAGGUAGUACUAGUAUGUCACCUGCACCUUCAUCCCGACCACUUGUAGCACCAGAAAUUACAUCGGAGCCGUCGCCAAAGUUGGUACUCAAGGUGCUGGUUCCUGUACUUGCUGUCUCAGUCUGUGGAAUUAUGGGUCUUCUCCUGUGGCAGAAGCGCAGAAGAAACGAAGCCACCAGCGACAGCUGCGAGUCCGACGAGCAGCACGGCGAGGCUGACUUCGAGAGAGGGGUAGCUGGACCGAGACGGUACCACUACCGUGAACUCGCUGCGGCCACAGGCGACUUCGCAGAGGAGAAUAUGCUCGGGCGAGGAGGUUUUGGUAGGGUGUACAAGGGGUGCCUUCCAAGUGACGUCGAUGACAGCGGCCGGACGGUGGCCAUCAAGAAGUUCUGCUCGGAAUCAUCGCAGAGUAGGAAGGAAUUCGAGGCAGAGGUGAAGAUCAUAGGCCGGCUAAGGCAUCGCAACCUUGUGCAGCUGUUAGGUUGGUGCGACAGCCCCAAGGGUCUCUUGCUUGUCUACGAGCUCAUGCCAGAAGGCAGCCUUGAUAGACACAUCUACAACACCGAGAGUGUGUUAACUUGGGCCCAGAGGUACAACAUCAUUGUGGGAUUAGGAUCAGCACUGCGCUACCUACACCGAGACUGGGAGCAAUGCGUAGUGCACGGUGACAUCAAGCCAAGCAACAUAAUGCUCGACGCAUCCUACAACUGUAAGCUUGGAGACUUCGGGCUCGCCCGCCUCGGUGACCAUGGGGCGGGCCCCAAGACCACGGUGGUCAAAGGCACCAGGGGGUACAUAGAUCCAGAGUUCGUCAACACAAGCCGGCGGUGCACCCAGUCGGAUGUCUACAGCUUCGGCAUCGUCCUGCUUGAGAUUGCCUCCGGCCGACCACCCUUGGACAGGUGGGAUCCGUCCUUCAUGCUGAUGAAGUGGGUUUGGAGUCUGUAUAUCGAGGGCAACAUCCUUGAUGCGGCGGACGCGCGGCUGAGGACGGGCGACGAGGCCGUGGAGCGGCAUAUGGAGCGUGCUCUGGUCGUGGGGCUCUGGUGCACGCUCCGCGAGCCAGAGCACCGGCCAUCGGUUGCGGACGCCUUGCACAUCCUGCAGUCCGAGGACAAGCUGCCAGACCUUCCCCUGCAGAUGUACAAGAUGGCAGCAGCGCCGAGCUUUGCUGUGGGCGAGCGCGGAGUCUCUGGCAGCUCCUACUCCAGCGGCGGCCGCUCUUCGGCUACCACCGGCGCGACUGGAUCUUCCGAAUCGUCUGCCAAUUGAUUGGAUUUACCCCCCAUUCCAUGGUUAUCGUUGUGCCUGGUGACCAUGGUUUUUUACUGUGUACGUUAGAAUAUCACUGUAAUUUGUGAUGACUUUAAGCUAAACGGAGUUAAUGCCUUAUUCCCAUAUCCACUGAAUCUCUAUUUA